UUACUCGAUUGAAAUUACUGUGUUUGUAUUUAAAAGAGUUCUUUUUUUUUUUUUAAGACUUCGCAAGUUGCCCGUGUAUCCCUACACGUCAGAAAGAAAGAACAGAAGCAUCUCCAUCGCUCGUCUCCUCCAUUUCUCCAGGGCAAUCAUCUCGCCACCGUUUUGGCUUCCAAGCAGAUACAUACAUUCGUGUUGAGCAAUAUGCUUUGAACUAAGAGGCCGCCGUCGAUCUUAUUAUUGAAAAAAUUUUUGAUUCAUCAUGAGUUGUUAAAUCAGUACUGAAUUCUCUCGGCGUUUGCAGACCAUGCCUCGGAAAUUUAACUACGAAUAUGACAAUUACGAUGACGGCUACGAUGAUUGUGAAGAUUACGAUGACUAUGAUUACGACUAUGAUGUUGAGGGAAACGGCGAAGCAACCAAGUUUAAGCCAGAAGCUUCAAAGCCUGGGAUUUGGCGUUGCUCUAUUUGUACCUAUGAUAAUGAUGAUUGCAUGUCUGUAUGUGAUAUUUGUGGAGUUCUCCGUACUCCUCUGGUUAAAUUUUCUGGCAACGGUGCUAAUACAUCAGUUGGGGGCAUGUGCCAAAAUUCUGGAGCAUCUAUGAUGGCCAAGUCUCUUUUUGCAUCAUCACCGCAUCAGACUCCCAAAAUGACUGUAGUAGGUCAACAGCCGAAAGAUGAUGUUGUGACUGGAGUAGGCGAUAACCUCCACAAGAUUGGGAAUAUCAAAGCAAAUUUUCAUGAAUUUCAUGAGGCUUUUAGUUCUCAUAUCAACUCUAAAAUCAAAAUAGCCCCUUUUAAGUUUGAUGUCCCAUCGCCAGAUGAUUUGGUUUCUAAGGGUUUAUGUUCCUCCAAAAUGGGUUUGAAAGACAAUCUUCUGGACAUGAAAUCUUCCAGAGUUUCCUCCGGUGUCUCUGAGAAAAAUGGUACUGUUGAUAAAUCAAAUGCUAAAAAAUCUGAUGGUGCCAAAGCAUUAGUCCCAAAAGACAAGCCCAAAGCAUUAGUGCCAAAAGACAAGCAAGAUAGUGUGGAUGAUAGCAAAUAUUCAAAGAAUGAAGAAGUACAAGUAAGCACUAGAAGUUCAGAGAGCUCUUCUACUGUAACAUCAAAAGACAGACAUGGCAAUACAGAUGACAGCAGUCAUUCUAAUGAUGUUGCAGUUAGCAACAGUUUAAGUGAUGCAUAUAGUAGCAGUGGUUUUCCAACUAAUAUAGCUCAGCCACAAAUUUGUCCCAGUAGUACAAAGAACUCGACAUUGUCCCUUAGCUCUGGAAGCUCAUCCAGUGUUAAUGCUAGAAGAAAGAACUCAAAUGCACAGUAUAAACCUGAAAAAUGGAUGCUUCCUGACAAUGCAGGAGAUAGAUUGACUCAGCUAAAUCUUGCAAUAGUUGGCCAUGUUGAUUCGGGAAAGUCAACACUCUCGGGUAGACUCUUGUUUCUUCUUGGACGAAUAUCUCAGAAAGAAAUGCACAAAUAUGAGAAAGAAGCCAAAUUACAGGGCAAAGGAUCUUUUGCUUAUGCCUGGGCAUUGGAUGAGAGUGCUGAAGAAAGGGAACGUGGAAUAACCAUGACUGUCGCUGUUGCAUAUUUUGAUUCCAAAAAAUACCAUGUUGUUGUGCUUGACUCCCCUGGCCAUAAGGAUUUCGUUCCAAACAUGAUAUCUGGAGCAACACAAUCUGAUGCUGCCAUUCUUGUUAUAGAUGCCUCAGUAGGCUCGUUUGAAGUGGGUAUGGAUAGUACAAAAGGACAGACGAGGGAGCAUGCACAACUCAUCAGAAGUUUUGGUAUUGAUCAACUUAUAGUUGCAGUCAACAAAAUGGAUUCUGUGCAAUAUUCCAAAGAUCGAUUUGAAUCAAUAAAACUACAACUUGGAACAUUUCUUCGUACUUGUAGUUUUAAGGAUUCCUCUGUGUCAUGGAUUCCAUUGAGUGCCAUUGAAAAUCAAAAUUUGGUGGCUGCUCCUUCUGAUGUUCAGCUAUCUUCUUGGUAUCAAGGGCCCUGUCUUUUGGAUGCAAUUGAUUCUUUACAACCUCCUGCUAGAGAUUUUUCAAAGCCUCUAAUUAUGCCCAUUUGCGAUGUUGUUAAAUUACAGCGUGGGCAUGUGUCUGCCUGUGGUAAAUUGGAGGCUGGAGCUCUUCGAAGUGGAAUGAAGGUCUUAGUCAUGCCAUUUGGAGAUGUAGGCACUGUGCAUGCCCUAGAUCGUGACUCUCAGGCUUGUGCUAUUGCAAGAGCUGGAGACAAUGUAGGUGUCAGUCUGCAAGGUAUCGAUGCAAGCCAUGUGAUUGCUGGAGGUGUGUUAUGUCACCCUGAUUUCCCUGUUGCAGUUUCAGCACAUUUGGAGCUGAAGGUGCUUGUUUUGGAUUUCGCAGCCCCCAUUUUAAUUGGUUCUCAGUUGGAAUUUCAUAUACACCAUGCAAAGGAGGCUGCAAAAAUUGUAAAAAUGGUGUCAUUACUUGACACAAAGACUGGAAAAGUUACAAAAAAAGCACCCCGCUGUCUUACUGCAAAGCAGAGAGCUGUAAUUGAGGUAGCCUUGCAAGGACCAGUCUGUGUGGAGGAAUUCUCAAACUGUAGAGCUCUCGGUAGGGUGUUUCUAAGAGCUUCAGGGAGAACUAUUGCUGUAGGCAUUGUAACCCGUAUAAUUGAGGAUCAGGAAUAGUUUAACCCUCAAGUUAUUGAGAAUUUGCCUAUGUUUGAUGCACCUAAUUUUGAGUUUGAAGUAUUUAGGAUAGUAGCUUUCAGCUUUUAUAUUUGUAAUAGCUUUAGCUUUUACCCCAAAUGGAAUAGUUUGUCCAGUUGAUUAAUUCUUUUAUCUUUAUUACAAUUGAUUGCAUUCGCGACAUUCA